GGGAGGCGGCUCCGCGCGGGGCCCGCCCGCUGCACCGGCCGCUGCUCGGCCGCCCUCGCCGCCCCCUGCGCCCCGCUCCGGGAAGGGGGUCUGGGCGCCCCCGGACCGCGCUCGCGCUCCCGGGGGGCGCCGGGGACUCCCGGGUCCCUGCCCCAGCCACCCGCCCCCCACCGUCGCCCCUUUUCUUCGGGCAGCCCCUGCCCGCACCCCUGCCACCCCGCUAUCGCCGGGCUCCCGGAUCGGCAGGAUGUACCCCCAGGGAAGGCACCCGACCCCGCUCCAGUCGAGCCAACCCUUCAAGUUCUCGAUCUUGGAGAUCUGCGACCGCAUCAAAGAGGAAUUUCAGUUUCUGCAGGCGCAGUACCACAGCCUCAAGCUGGAGUGUGAGAAGUUGGCAAGUGAGAAGACAGAAAUGCAGCGACAUUAUGUUAUGUACUACGAGAUGUCUUACGGACUCAACAUCGAAAUGCACAAACAGGCGGAGAUCGUGAAGCGGCUUAGCGGCAUCUGUGCCCAGAUCAUCCCUUUCCUGACCCAGGAGCACCAGCAGCAGGUCCUGCAGGCCGUGGACCGCGCCAAGCAGGUGACCGUGGGGGAGCUGAACAGCCUCAUUGGGCAGCAGCAGCUCCAGCCUCUGUCCCACCACGCCCCCGCGGUACCCCUGACGCCCCGCCCGGCCGGACUGGUGGGCAGCAGCGCCACGGGGCUGCUGGCCCUGUCCGGGGCUUUGUCCGGAGCCCUGUCGGGGGCCCUGGCGGCCCAGGCCCAGCUGGCUACCGCGGCCAAGGAAGACCGAGGCAGCGUGGAGGCCGAGGGCUCCCGAGUGGAGAGAGCCCAAAGCAGGAGCGUGUCCCCCUCACCCCCAGAGUCGGUGGAUGAAGAGCGACCGAGCGGCCUGGGGGGCAGCGGGAAACCGAGAGUGGAGGAGAAGGAAGUGGCGGGGCCCUACGAAAGUGACGAAGACAAGAGUGAUUAUAACCUGGUGGUGGACGAGGACCAGCCCUCAGAGCCCCCAAGCCCAGCCACCACCCCCUGCGGAAAGGUGCCCCCCUGCGUCCCCACGCGGCGUGACCUCGUGGACAGUCCGGCUUCCUUGGCCUCCAGCCUCGGCUCCCCGCUCCCCAGAACCAAGGAACUUGUCCUGAGUGACCUUCCCGCCGGCACCCCUGCCCCCAAGUCCUGCGACUCCUCCCCGCCCCAGGAGGCGUCCACGCCCGGGCCCAGCUCUGCCAGCCAGCUCCGCCAGCUCGCCGCCAAGCCCAUGCCCUCCACGGAGAGCGUCGCCCUGAGGAGCCCCCUGACCCUGGCCAGCCCCUUCACCACGUCCUUCAGCCUGGCCUCCCACAGUGCUCUUAAUGGAGACCUCUCUGUGCCCAGCUCCUAUGUGAGUCUCCACCUGUCCCCACAGGCCAGCACCUCUGUGGUCUAUGGACGCUCCCCCAUGAUGGCAUUUGAGUCUCACCCACAUCUCCGCGGAUCAUCCAUCUCUUCCUCCCUGCCCACUAUCCCUGGCGGCAAGCCCAGGGCCUACUCCUUCCACGUGUCGGCAGACGGCCAGAUGCAGCCCGUGCCCUUCCCAUCUGACGCGCUGGUGGGCACGGGCAUCCCGCGGCACGCGCGGCAGCUGCACACGCUGGCCCAUGGCGAAGUGGUGUGCGCCGUCACCAUCAGCGGCUCCACGCAGCACGUGUACACGGGUGGCAAGGGCUGCGUGAAGGUGUGGGACGUGGGCCAGCCUGGAGCCAAGACCCCGGUGGCCCAGCUGGACUGCCUGAACCGGGACAACUACAUCCGUUCGUGCAAGCUGCUGCCGGACGGCCGGAGUCUGAUCGUGGGCGGUGAGGCCAGUACCUUGUCCAUUUGGGACCUGGCGGCGCCCACCCCCCGCAUCAAGGCCGAGCUGACCUCCUCAGCCCCGGCCUGCUACGCCCUGGCUGUCAGCCCGGACGCCAAGGUCUGCUUCUCCUGCUGCAGCGACGGCAACAUCGUGGUCUGGGACCUGCAGAACCAGACCAUGGUCAGGCAGUUCCAGGGCCACACGGAUGGUGCCAGCUGUAUCGAUAUUUCCGACUAUGGUACACGGCUCUGGACAGGGGGCCUGGACAACACAGUCCGCUGCUGGGACCUGCGGGAGGGCCGCCAGCUGCAGCAACACGACUUCAGCUCCCAGAUCUUUUCCCUGGGCCACUGUCCCAACCAGGACUGGCUGGCCGUGGGCAUGGAGAGUAGCAACGUGGAGGUGCUGCAUGUUCGCAAGCCAGAGAAGUACCAGCUGCAUCUGCAUGAGAGCUGCGUGCUCUCCCUCAAGUUCGCCUCCUGUGGGCGGUGGUUCGUGAGCACCGGAAAGGACAACCUGCUCAAUGCCUGGAGGACACCAUACGGAGCCAGCAUUUUCCAGUCCAAGGAGUCCUCCUCCGUGCUCAGCUGUGACAUCUCCGGGAACAACAAGUACAUCGUGACAGGCUCCGGGGACAAGAAGGCCACCGUGUACGAGGUGGUCUACUGAGGGGGUGCCCUGCCCCGGCCAGGCUGGUUCAGGGGCUCUGCAGUGUCCCCCAGCAUCUUCCUUUGUAGACUGUGGAGGUGAACACGUUGUACUCCCCCCUGUCCUCCCCCCCACCACCUUCCAGGGCUGGG